AUGGCUACAAAUAAGAGGAGGAGGUUGGAUAUCACGGACUCAACUCAGCCUAUGAGUGCAUUUGCACUUCGGAAGAAAUUGCUGGCUCAGAAAAGCCCUGUCGUGACUUCAACAGUAGAUCACCCCGAGGAGGCCGCUUCGGUCGAGGCAAGCAAUGAGGGUCCGACCGAGGUGGCCACCUCUAAGAAGUCGAAGAGGACUCACACCACCAGACAGACGUCACUAGCUGACAGGACGGCUGAGGAAGGCUCAAAUCUCGAUUCUAAUAGGGCCCACUCGUCUGAUGGGAAUUUGACCUCCAAUCCUGAUAUCUUUCCCAACCCAUCUGUCGUCUUGCCACGGAGCCCUUCGCCUGCUCUGACGGACGAGCAAGAGAUCCCAAUUGCGCCCCAAGCUGUGCACUUCUCCAGUUACAGACCCUCUAAGAGCAGCUACCACAGGAAGAAAGGGGGCAACCUGCAACUCAAGCUGGUUGAAGUUGAACGCUUGGUCAUUCUCGGUAGCUAUGGUGUUUGUGUCGAUUCUGGUGAAGUAACUAUCAACGGAGCGGCCUUGAGGCCCUCCAAGAAGGCGUACUGGGUCGAUGCACCGCAUUGUCAUGCGCUUCCAGUUAUUCGAUGCGCCAAAAAUGCUACUGUCGAGUUUCAAUCUCGUCCGGGAGCUGAGGGAUUGAGGAAGUUGGGGAGACUCUCACCUCAUUUCAGGAGACUGUGGAACGAGGCCUCCUAUUCUCCAUCCUAUGAAACGCCCACAGGGCCAGAGUCAACAUUCCAGAUUCUAUAUACGUCUCGGGAUGGUCCCAAGCGAACACUACUUCAAGACUUGGUCUCCCCAGCAGAAUGGAAUCGAGAAGUCGCCAAGCUGCUCACCGGGUUUAACUCAAAACCCGCUUCGAUCAUGGUGACAGGGCCGAAGUCUUCUGGCAAGUCCACUUUUGGCAAGAUCUUGACGAAUCGCUUCCUCAGCAAUACGCCAACCACUUCCAAACAACGGGUUCCUAGCGGAGUGGCUGUUCUUGAUCUCGACCCUGGACAGCCGGAGUAUUGCAUUGCUGGACAGAUAGCACUGGUCCUCAUAACCGAGCCAGUGUUGGGGCCAUCGUUCUGUCACCCUCUACCGAGUUCCGGGAUUCGCCUGGUUCGAUCUCAUGCUUUAGCGUCGAUAUCUCCGGCAUCCGAUCCAGAGCUCUUCCUCGAAGCUGCAAUGGACCUCAUGACACAUUACCGCAACGUUCUGGGUUCCUGCCCUCUCGUCAUCAACACACCGGGGUGGAUUCAGGGUACUGGGUUGGAUCUACUGGUUUCUCUGAUCGGUGGACUGCGUCCCAGCGAAGUGAUAUACAUGUCACAGACCGGGCCCGCCGAGGCUGUUGAAUCCCUUCAGGAAGCCUGCAAGACCAGCGGUUUCUCAACGCUUCCGUCCCAGACCACGCAGUAUACACUGCGAACAGCCGCACAUCUACGUUCGAUGCAGACCAUGGCAUAUUUCCAUUCGCAGCCGCAGAGCACCGAUGUUGAGGGGCAUCAUAUACAAUGGUCUACGAAACCCUUGAGCCACAUCCCGCCGUGGCAAGUUAGCUACCGCCGGGGGCCCAAUCGCGGCAUCUUUGGGGUCAUGUGCUAUGACUACCAGGCGUCACCAGAUCUCUUGGCAGAUGCCAUUAACGGCACAAUACUUGCAGUUGUGGAAGUCGAGAGUGCCAAAGCGUUUAAAGACCUUGCCAGCAGGGACAAGGACAUUGCAGAUCAUUCAGUCGGGUCAGCUAUGGAGCUCGACGAUGAUCAAUCAAAUGCACCGAAGCCGCCGUCUUGGUCAGACCUCCAGGAUGAUAUCACGGCUGUGACGCCAGAGGGAAUACCAUUCAUCGAAACAUCACGCGGGACUACCCUGGACCCACGAUACUCGCGAUCUCUCGGAUUGGCCCUAGUUCGUGGGAUUGACGUGGAAAACGAACAUCUGCAACUCUUAACGCCAAUUGCGUCAACAGUGAUCGAGGAGGUGACCGCCAAAGGGGGAGAAAUCGUUCUGGUUAGUGGCAAGUUCGAUUCGCCAAGCUGGGCCUACACGGAAGACCUAUACUACAGGUUGCAGGACGAGGAUGACGAUGCUGUAGAUGCAGACACGAUGGAGGUAGACGAGGAUGGCACGCCCAACACAGCAUCAGAGGAUGGAAAUGUUGCAAAUGACAGAGGAGAUGCCGCAUCGGGCCCGACUCCGUGGAUUGAGGUGCUUCGAGGGAACCAGAAACGCGGCGCUGGGUCCAAGGUGUGGAGGGUGAGGCGAGAUCUCGGGCGUCACGGGAAUACCGCCGAUUAA